UGCCUCCCUAGCUAAUAUAUUAUUAUAUCACAUAUUCUUAAACCAUGUUCAGUUCAAGGUUAUAUCAGCUAAAUAGCGUGAUAGGACGGAACUUUGUGCCAUGGGGUCGUCGAUCAAUGGCUUUGACAGUCAAAAGACCACGGCCUUUGCCAUUACUUGCUGCUAAUCGCCGUUUCUUGUCACACCGCCACUACUCUUCAGAUGUGGGGGACCUUAAACUGGAAGAUAAAUUAGAGACUGAUACUUCAGUUUCAUCCACUGGUGUCAUUGAUGUAAACACAAGUGAAGUUGUGCUUUAUUUUGACCAUAUCUAUCCACUUUCUGUUUCCAAAUUAUCUUUGGUUCUGUAUUUCAGAUGGAUCUUGCAAUUCCAAAAAUAUUAUGAUGAUCGUCAAAUUAAGGAUAGGGUACUCCAUCUCGCCAAUACUAAGCACAGUAGAUUGCCCGCUGGUGCCACCAUCCAAGAAUUAAUCCCCGUGAAACGUGAUGGUGGUGCUUUCAUCAAAUUCUCCGUUCCACCUGAAAUCACUGCCAAGGAGCUUAUUUCCCAGAUUUGUGAUAAUAUCAAGGCCAAUGAAAAAAAUGAAGAUUGGUUUGAUCGGUUUACAAACAAAAUUUGGAACCAUUACCCUAAAUGUUUCCAAGUUAAGGGUACGCCAUGGAUAGAAGAUUUGAGACGAUUCCCCAGUGCCUUGCUUAAAGUUGCCUUUGAGGGAGAGCCAUUGACCGAAGAAGAGUUGUACUUUUUGUUCAGAAGAUAUGGAAUGAUUGUAGACAUUCAACCCAAAACAAGCACCCAAGCUCAUGCUGUUGUGAUCUUUAGAAACGUAAGAUCGGCCAUUUCUGCCAAGAAUUGUAUUACUGGGAUUAAGUUGAACAAGGGCAAGACCCUGCUUCAUCUUCAAUAUAUUCCUGUCAAGAGAGUCAACUAUAUUGCAAAUUUCAUUGUAGACCAUCAAAGAAUCUCCGUGCCUGCGAUUUUAGCAUUGUUAGCCACUGCCGCUGUAUUCAUUUUCGACCCAAUUAGAGAAUGGUUUAUUGAAGAAAAGAUCUCCCAUAGAUAUUCAUUUGAAACUUACAAGGAUAAUAGAUUCAUUCAAUUAUUCUAUGUUCCAUAUCAGAAUUUAAAGCGUUUUGUUAAUAAAGGUUACGAUUAUAUUGAUGAUAAAAUAAUCAAAGAUUGUGACAAGGCCAAGGAAUUAUCGAAAAGCUUGACAAAUUUCUCAGGCGAUUUGAAUGAUGACGAUGGUGAUUUCUCUCUGGACCUGAACAUUUUGUGGACAGAAAGAUUUGAAAAAGUUAAACAAUUGAAACUUUGGAUUUAUGAAAAUGUUAACACUUUUAUUGUGGUGAAGGGUCCAAAGGGUUCAGGGAAACAAGAAUUUGUUCUUGACCAUACAUUUCUGCAAGAUGAUGACAUGAAGUUGAAGGUGCUUUACAUCGACUGUGAUAGCCUUGUAAAGGCUCGUUCAGACAAUGCCUUGCUUCAAAAUGCAGCCCAUCAACUUGGAUAUUUCCCACUUUUCACAUGGACCAAUUCUAUUUCCCAAUUCAUUGAUUUAGGUGUUCAGGGUAUCACUGGACAGAAAUCCGGAUUGAGUGAAUCCAAGGAAACUCAGAUGAAGAAUAUGCUCCUGCUUACGACACAAGCACUUCGUACAGUUGCUCUUAAGGACUACUCUAAAUACACAAAUGGAGUUCUCAAGUCGAGAAGAAGAAAGGAAAGAAGCAAGGCUAAACAAGAAGAUACCACCGCUUCUGGAAUUGUUAUCGAAGAUGAAAUCCUCAAAGAGGAUCAAUAUCUUCAACAACAUCCUGAAAACAAGCCAAUAAUUGUUAUCAAUAAGUACCUUCUUAAGUCCGAUAGUAAUCAUGAUUUCGUGUAUAAGAUGAUUGCUGAAUGGACCUCACAGGUUGUUCAAAGCAAUUUGGCUCACGUCAUUUAUAUUACGCACGACGUUGGAAGUAUUCAACAUUUGACAGACGCAUUACCAAACCAAGUUUUCAAGACUAUCAGUUUGUCAGAUGCUACCAAGAAAAGUUCUUACCAAUACGUUUUGAACCAAUUGGCCAAUCUGGAGUUCAAAAAACUGGCAGUUGACGCUUGCUUGGAACCAAUUGGUGGUAGAAUGCUCGAUUUGCAAGCCUUUAUUCGUCGUAUAAAAUCCGGAGAGACUCCAGACGAUGCACUCGAAGAAAUGGUUAAUCAAGCUGCUGAGCAAAUUACUACUUUCUUCCUCAAUAAAUCUAAUGGAUCAGACGUGGAAAACAAUUGGAACUCGGCACAAGUCUGGGCUAUCAUGAAGAUCUUGGCGGAAAAGGAAGAAAUUCGUUAUACUGACUUGACCAAGAGUCCUUUGUUCAAAUCCUCUUCAGAAACACUCUCAACUUUGGCUACAUUGGAGAAACAUGACUUGGUAUCGCUUUCUCGUGAUAAGGGAAUUCUUUUGAACAUUGCCACGGGCCGUCCACUUUACCGGGCAGCGUUCAAGAACUUAGUUUCAGAUGACAAUAUCUUUAAGAUCUAUGAAUCCGACUACUACACCAACUUGAUCCAAUUGGAGAACUCUAAAAUUGCCAAGUUUGAGGAUGAAAUCGCCAAGAUUUCAGCACUUCAGGAUUUGAAGUUAUUAAAGACCCGUUUGGAAUAUAUCCAAGCUAAGGUCGUAGCCUCAACAGAGAAGAUUGUAGAGUACGAAGAGAAGAUCAAAACGGUGUGUAGUAAACAAUCGAAGCAAGAUAGCGGAUUCUUACUGAAAUUGAGUUUCAGUAGCUAAAUUAUUCAAUUGAA